AGUUGAACCAAGUUAUUUUUUUGUUAUUUUUUAAAAGUUUGACUAAAUAUAAACGCAACAAGUUCAAAGAUUUUAUUUUACAGUUCAUAUAAGGAAAUCAGACAAUUGAAAUAAAUGAAUUAUGUCCAAAUCUAUGGAUUUCACAUGUAUAGGCAGGGGUGCAGCCAUGGAGAGCCAGGCUCAGCCAAUCAAAAGGAGUUUUUCCCCACAAAAUGCUUAUUACAGACAGAAAUACUGCUCAGCCAAAAAAGGCAACUUCACAUUAAUUUACACUAAAGUCAUUCAAUCCAUUGAGCAUUGACUUUUCCAAAUCUGGAUUAUUUAUUUAUAAGUCGGGGAGAAAAGUGAACAUGCAAUUUAUGAACAAGUUACUAUGGGUGACAUCAGAUCUACUUGAGAUUGAGUGCUUUCCAGACUCUGGCUUCAGCUCACAGUCUUUAUUAAAUCGCUGCAUGAGGUUUGUCUGCUCUCCAAUAGUCCUGCUGACUUUCUGUGCAAUGUCAAACUGGACAUGGGCCCCUUGAAGUUGGAUGAGGUCUUUUGUCGACAUAUACCAAUUAUUUCCAAAGGAUCUGUAAGUAUCUGUGACUUUGUACCAGAAGUAGUUGUAACUGAACUUAAAGCUGCAAUGUGUAACUUUUUGGGGCGACUGGACCAAAUUCACAUAAAUGUGAAUUAUAGAGUUUUCAUUAACAUUGAAUGAUAGAACAGAUCUACCGCUUCUUAGACUAUGUGCACUAUUUAUAUGCUUCCCUGUUUAUACCAGCUUCAAACAGAUACAAUAUAUUUUAGGUUAGGGAAAAUAUAUUUCAGAGGUUAAGAUGGUAAAAUGAUUCUCUAGACAAAGACUGCCAUUUUCACUAGAGUAGCUAUUUCCCGAGUAAGGGCAAGUAAUGUUACUAACCACUGUCUGGGAAAGACAUUCCAGUGGGCGAGUUUGUUUUGCAUGACCCCGGUGCUCCGAGUGGGUGGGGUUUGCUCAUGUUUGAUCAUUCCAUUGGUCCUCCUAAGAAAUGCUCUCCGCUGACCCAGGGCACAGGGCCAUGCAAAGUGAACUCAACAAGUAUUUUCGUAGAAAACAUGUUGCCACCACGUGUUAAUGGUCGAGUUCUAUUUGCAUGGCCCAGUGCCCCAGAUGGGGGGAGUUUGCUUAUUUUAGUCCAUUCCAUUGGUCCCUGUGAAAAAAAAUCUCCACCAACCCGGGGCACCGGCCAUACAAAACGAGCUCCACCACUAGGAAAAAGGGGGCAUGAAUUGUUGACAUAAUUGUAAUCCAAACCCAACCUUAAUUUACUCGUUGUGACGCACAGGUUCUAAACUCAGUUUUUGAAGGUUGCCUUUAUGACCAAAAUUAUCCUGUUUACACUUUGUACAUUUUGACACUUGAUGCCACAUAGGCCGCUUUCAAAUGGAUUAGUUGGUUUGUAGGAGCAGUUGUUCUUUAACUGUUUAAAUGGAAAAUGUUAAAAAUGUGGAUGAAAGUACUGUAUAUUCAAGUAUCCGUAAUAUGGGUAGAUUUUUGGGGCACUUUUUCAGCACUUUUCCACUAACAUUUUAAAGAUGACAUAUACAGUACCUUGCAAAAGUAUUCAGACCCCUUGGAUUUCUUCACAUUUUGUUACAAAGUUUAAAAAAGAAGAAGAUUAAUACAAAUUAUAUAACUCAAAUAUAAUCAUUGCAUAAGUUUUUAGCUCUCUGAGUCAAUAUGUUAGAAAACACCUUUGGCAUCUACAGUUGAGAGACUUCUUGGGUAAGUCUCUAAGAGCUUUGCACACUUGGAUUGUGCAAUAUUUGCCCAUUAUUCUUUUCAAAAUUCUUCAAGCACUGUCAAUAUUUGCAAUAUAUUUUCAAGCAGAUUUAAGUCAAAAUUGAACAUUCACCGUCUUCUUGGUAAGUUUAAGUUACUCCAGUGUAGAUUUAGCCAACACAAAGAUGUGGCUUUGUGUUGGCAUGCUGAAAGGUGAAUUCCUCUCCCAGACUCUGGUUUUCCUCUAGGAUUUUGCCUGUGCUUAGCUCCAUCCAGUUUUUAUCCUGGAAAACUGCCCAGUAUUUGCCAAAGUCAAGCAUACCCAUACCAUGAUGCAGCCACCACCAUGCUUGAAAAUAAGGAGGCAGUUAAUCAGUGUUGUGUUGGAUUUUCCCCGAACAUAAGGCUUUUUUAGGGGAUUUUUUAAAAUUCCUUUGCAGAGUUUUUUUUUGCAGUAUUACUUUAGUGCCUUAUUGCAUACAAGAUGCAUGUUUUGGAAUAUUUUUACUCUGUAUAUUUGUAUUCUUCUUUUCACACUGUCAUUUAGGUCCUUAUUGUGGAGUCACUACAAUGUUAUUGAGUUUCUGGUUUGGAAUUCAUGGUUGGAUGGGGACAUUGUCUUCCACUUGAAGCCAAAACGAUUUUUCCCAGUCGGAUCAAUUUUUUUCCCAGAGUUCCCAGUUGUAGGAGGGAUUCCGAGUUCCUAGUUGUUUUGAACAAGGCAUUAGUCUCCGGGGAGGGACGGAGAGCGCAGCAGAGGGUCCGCCUCUCACAGUCCCAGCUCUCUCCUUCUGUCCCUCCGGUGAGACUGACCAGAGAGAGGGGACACUGUCUUCCACUUGAUGCCGAAACUUGAUUCGCACCGCAUCUUCCUCGUGCCCAAAUUUAUACUGUUCCUAUGACCAAUUAAAGUGAAAUAUUCCUUGAUAUUAAAAUAAACACGACGAGCUGCUAAUAAUAAUAAUAAAAACACAGGGCUAUCGAUACACUUCGCUACUCAUUCAUUACAGCUGCAGCGUGAGUGGAAGUAGGGAGAAGCGUGUUUUAUGUUUUGCAACAGUGUUGACAGUGCUGAAUAAAAUCUUAGACAUGAACUCACUCAUAAAAACAGCAGCUCUUUGCUGUAUUCUUUGAAAGUCUCUCUCUGGUAAUGGUUUUAAAAGUUAUGAAUUCUCUUGAAUCAAACUUUGCUGUGGCCGGGGUCGUUGAGCUACUCAGGCAUCUUUCUAGAGCUCUGACUUUUAGACCUGAAGAUCACUGACGUCAUGAUUUGAUCUCUAGUUUCCAGUUGUCUUGAAAGCACUAUGACCAUCAGAUGCCGGUACCAUCAGUCCAGUAAAAUAAUAAAGCAAAUGAUUUGCAAAUGGUAUCCAUGAUGAACAGUUUAAUUGGGUAGGGUUCAACUUUAGACCUACCCUGUCUCUGGUACACACUCCAGUCCAGUUGGUGGCGGUAAUGCAUCACUAAAAUUCGUUGCCAAACCAUUGAAAAAGUGUAAACGGAAGUGGACUGUGCCAAGACAAAUGUCCACGUUAGCGUUUAUAUUGUUAUUUAGACAUGUAUUAGCACCCUGGAACUCAAAAUAUGACUCGUCUAGCUGCACAGCAUCAUAUACUUACCCCUGGUAGUCUUUAAUUCGCGGUGUAGACGGGACUUGGUUGAUAGAUCUGUUGUUUAGGUAACGCUAACUAUUUAGCUGCUAAUGCUAGCUAAUUGUAUGAUUUUUCAUACUCAGAUAGCCUCCAUCAUGGAGGUGCUAGCGAAUGCAGCCGUGGCAGAGGUCUGUAAACUGGUAGACGACGACUAUGCAGUGUUUCGUUUGGAAAUAACUCAGAGCCAGAAAGAAAACAGUGCAUUGCGGAGGAAACUACAGCUACUGGAACUGAAGAUGGCACGAGAGCGCAUCCUCGCCAGUCGUUCCAGUAGUGUCAAAAUCCUUGACCGAUACAGAGGAAUGGCAAAAGUCCCAAUCACUCUCUCAGGUGAAGGACAUCUCACUGGAGGCCACAGGAGCUUUGUGAAGCCAACGGGACACAAUACAUGGAGAGAUGACCAACCAAUCACUGUUGAUGAGGGGAGUGGAACCUCAACUCAGCACGUUAUCGUGAUAGAGUCUGCAAAUGCAGAAGCUGCAGGUCCUGGGGUCAAGCUGGAGAGGUCUGAAGGAGAUGAGGACCCACGACACAGCAGAGACAUCCAGACUGGAGCAGCGCAUGGAGUGGCGCCCCCUGUAGCCCCCGAGGACCUCACCACCACCGCCGCGUCCCAGGCUAGGACCCUAUGCAGCGUCACGGAGGUCAGUGGAACGCCGAACGCCGUCCUCAAGACAGAGACGGAGACAGAGACUUUAACUGUAACACAAAGGCUCUUACAUACAGCAUCUAACCACCAAUCAGACUCCGAAAGACUGGGCUGUGUUCCUGCUCCAGGCUCAGAGUACUUAAUGGUAUUUCACCAGAGCCAGGGGACAGUUAAUUCCUGUGGAGAUGGUGAUGCGUUAGACACUGGCGGGGAUGAUCUGUCUUGUUCUUACACUACAGAGAUGGACCCUGGCGACAUGCCCUUGGGUUUAGAGACCCAGACUGAUAUGUCUAGAGGGGACUGGAACCGGUACAGUAGUAGUGUAUACUCUGAAGGGUGCCAAGAUAAGAAAGGGGAGGUUAUAGUGGUAGAUGAGGUUACUGUGAAAGUGGAGGGCGACGCUCCUCCCACAUGGAAUGCAGAUGGUCACCUAGGAGACGGACAGUCACAGGGCAGAGAUUUCUUAAAUUACAUGGGAAAUCUAAAUGCCGCCACCCACUCCCCUUUACACACGUUCAGGGAUCGCGACCCAGUGUCCACAUCAAUGGCACCUUCCGAUUCACACGGCCGCGUGAUUUUCGAUCAGGUAUUACAUUUAAACGACAGGGCUAUAGCCCAGGCUUGUGGAGGGGGAGCAACAACGGUCGGGAAAGAGAAACUGGCUAACUGGAAUGCAGACGAGACUCACUUAGGAGAAGGACACUCGCAGGGCAACACUAGUGACUUCUUAGAUUACAGGGAAAGUUUAGAGACAAAUCUAAGUGUUGCAACCCACUCCCCUUUACACCCAAUGUCCACGUCGAUGGCACCUUCCGAUUCACACGGCCAGGUUCUUUUCGAUCAGGUAUUGAACUCAAAAGACCAAAGAGCCAAGGUGCGGAGAGGGGAAGCAACACCGGGCGGUAAAGAGAAGCGGUUCCUCUGCAUGUUCUGUAACAAAGGCUUCAGCUGCUCCCAGAAGGUGGAGAUCCACCAGAGGGUCCACACAGGGGAGAAACCCUUCAGAUGUACCCAGUGUCACAUGUGUUUCACCCAUGCUGGCAACCUGAAGAGGCACCAGAGGGUCCACACAGGGGAGAAACCGUUCAGCUGUGCCCAGUGUCACAUGCGCUUCGCCCAGACUGGUGACCUGAAAAGGCACCAGAGAGUACACACGGGAGAGAGACCGUUCGCCUGUACGCACUGCGGGAAGAAGUUCUCAGAGAGGAGCUACCUCAGGAUACACCAGCAGAAAAACCAUUCUACUCUAUAACAUAGAAAGUAACCAUUCCACUUGAUAGCUUCUGAUGUUUAGAUCAAACCCUGCAUUAAAGGAAAAGUUGAAUUUUCAUUUGUCAGCAGAAAAGAUCCACAGAUGCAUUUGGAAGAACGAGAGCAACAGAUUAAAGUGUUGAAUAUUCCUGGGUAGAAUAUUGCAUCCAGACAUUGUGUGAUAUAUAAGGCAUAUAUACACCUAAAAAGUCUGUUACAUCUUGUGUUUGUACUGUGUAGGUUAUAUGUUGACAUAACUAUUUAAUUACUGUCAUUCAACUACAAUUUUUUUAAAUAUUAAGACACUUUUAAUGAGAAGAUUAUUACAUUUUAUGUAGUUUAUCAAGUUCAUGAUGAUUUUUAUUUGAGGCAUGUGUAUAUGUGGUUUUCAUAUGGUGUAUUUAAAACUUGUUCAUCUUUAAUAAACCCAAAAUGGGACUUUUCAGUCUGA